GCCUGUCGGAAAAUCUGGUUGGGGUCUUUCGACGCGCGGGCCUCCGUCCAGCCCGAUUCUCGCGACCCUCAGAAAGUGAAGGAGUUCCUGCAGGAGAAAUACGAGAAGAAGCGAUGGUACGUCUCGCCUGACCAAGCCAAAAGCCAGGCCGCUCCAAGUGCCCAGGCCUCCCCUGCAGAAGCCAAGAUGGCCGCCAAGACCCCCCAGGUCUUGGAGAAAGCCCCGGCACCGCCCGCCCAGCCGGUCAAGAAGGCCAGCACCGACCUCCUGGCGGACAUAGGGGGGGACCCCUUUGCGGCCCCACCCGCCAGGCCUGCUUUCUCUGCCUUUGGAGGCCCAGUAGCGGCUCACCCGGCCUUCUCCAGCUUCGAUGCCUUUGGGGCCGGCCCGGCAGUGUCGACAUUCGGGG